AUGGCUGAGCUGGAUCUGAUGGCUCCAGGGCCACUACUUGGGGCCGCAGCUCACCCGCUGGCCCCUCUCAGCCCAGGCUCUGGGCCAGUCAGCCCAGCAGAAGAAGAGGACGUGGGCUCCCCGGAGAGGCCCUGCAGGGAGGCUGAGGGACAGGACAGUGGCUCUGCGGAGCAGGGGGCUCCUGGAGGCCAGGAUGAGGACAUCCUGUGUGAUUUCUGCCUCGGAACCAGCAGGGUGAGGGCGGUGAAGUCCUGUCUGACCUGCCUGGUGAAUUACUGUGAGGAGCACUUGCGGCCACACCAGGAGAACAGCAAACUGCACAGCCACCAGCUGACGGAGCCAGUGCGGGACCGUGACCUGCGCACCUGUCCCACCCACCGCAGACCGCUAGUCACCUUCUGCUGCCGGGAUCAGCAGAGCAUCUGCCAGCAGUGUGGCCAGGAGGAGCACAGGGGCCACACCACGGUCUCCCUGGAGGCGGCCCGCAGGGACAAAGAGGCUGAACUUCGGUGCACCCAGUUAGACCUAGAGCGGAAACUCAAGCUGAAUGAAAAUGCCAUCGCCAGGCUCCAAGCUAACCAUAAAUCCGUCCUGGUGUCGGUGUCAGAGGUAAAAGUGGUGGCCGAAGAGCAGUUUGGGGAGCUCCUUGCAGCUGUGAGGAAGGCCCAGGCUGAUGUGAUGCUCUUCUUGGAGGAGAAGGAGCAGGCUGCGCUGAGCCAGGCCAAUGGCAUCAAGGCCCACCUGGAGUACAGGAGUGCAGAGAUGCAGAAGAGCAGGCAGGAGCUGGAGAGGGUGGCCGCCAUUGGCAACACUGUCCUGUUCCUGGAGGAGUACUGCAAGGUUAAGAGCACCGAGGACAGCAACGCCUUCCCUAGUGUUUACAUAGGCCUGAAGGAUAAACUCUCCGGCAUUCGCAAGGUCAUCGUGGACUCUACCGUACACUUAAUCCAGCAGCUGGAGAACUACAAGGGAAGGCUCCAGGAGUUCGCCAAGGAAGAGGAGUAUGACAUCAGAACUCAAGUGUCUGCUGUUCAGCGCAAAUAUCGGACUUCAAAACCUGAACCCAGAACCAGGGAACAGUUCCUCCAAUAUGCGCACGACAUCACGUUUGACCCCGACACGGCACACAGGUAUCUCAGGCUGCAGGAGGACAACCGCAAGGUCACCAACACCACGCCCUGGGAGCAUCCCUACCCCGACCUCCCCAGCAGGUUCAUGCACUGGAGGCAGGUGCUGUCCCAGCAGAGUCUGUUCCUGCACAGGUACUAUUUCGAGGUGGAGAUCUCGGGGGCUGGCACCUACGUGGGCGUGACCUGCAAAGGCAUUGACCGGAAGGGGGAGGAGCGUAACAGCUGCAUUUCUGGAAACAACUUCUCCUGGAGCCUCCAGUGGAAUGGGAAGGAGUUCACGGCCUGGCACAGCGACACCGAGACCCCGCUUAAAGCCAGCCCCUUCCGCAGGCUAGGCAUCUACGUGGACUUCCCUGAAGGGACCCUCUCCUUCUACGGUGUGGAGUACGAUGCCAUGACUCUGGUUCACAGGUUCGACUGCAAGUUUUCAGAGCCAGUCUAUGCGGCUUUCUGGCUUUCCAAGAAGGAAAACACCAUCCGGGUUGUGGAUCUGGGAGAGGAGCCGGAGCAGCCAGCACCGUCCUCAGUAGAGGCAGCCGCCUAGACUCCAGGGUCCGCGUCCCAGACCCUUGCUGGCCACAAGGAUGGGGAAAAGCUUGCAUUUUAAAGGUGACUUGGGGGCAGAAGCAUCUGCCAGCGGUAACUGGCUUUAGAAAUCACGUGUGUCUGUGAAGAGAGGGUUCUCUGGCUGCUCUUUUUUUUUUUUUUUGCUUCAUGCAGCGCUGUUCUCUACAUGUUUGUAUUAAAUCUUGGUGACGUUUUUCUGUCUGCUCAGGUGAUCAUCACACUG